GAGUAUUUGUAGCAGACUGACUGGUGACAGAGACGAGACCCCACUGCCACUGCGUUGUACCUGCUGUGCAUGCACACAGACCGUGGCACUCGGCCUGGUCAAGUUCAUACACCUGAAGUAACCUCAAGUAAUCCAAAUUUGGGUAGCUCAGUGUACAAGCUUUUCCUGCUAAACUGUAAUACAUUAAAAAUACUGCUUGAUCCUUAACAGGGACAUGUUUCUCUCCAAAAUGUAGGAACAGCCCUAGGGAAAUAGCUCAAGGUCAGUAGUUGAUAAGUAUGGCACUUGUUCUGGUGCUGGAUUAGGCAAUCUCUUAUCUUUUGCAACCUAAUCUCUCUGCCCACUUUUCCCCAUAAGUGUGAUACUUCUUGCAUGGUCCUGGACAAGAGUUGUGUUGUUUGCAUGACCUGUGCUGCUUAAUGGAGAUUCUACUUCAUAUCUGCUUUGAGACACUUCUGGGACACUGGUGAGGAAGAGAAGCCCAACUGUCUCUUCUGGGCACCUCAACCCUUUGAGGAUCUCACCUGAGGCCCUCCUUUUUGCUGCCCUCUGAGGAGAACAGUCCAGAACAGCAGGUAUCAUAUAUGUGAGCCACAUUUUAUAGAAUCAUUAAGGUUGGAAAUGACCACUAAGAUCAUCUAGUCCAGCCAUCAAUCCAUCUCCCUUGCAUUUUGUUUUCUUGUGCCCAUUUGGCUUCUGCUGCUGUGAUUUAUUCCUUCCUUAAGAUCUACACUGCCGCUCUGUGGCUCUUCAUGGGGCCUCUUUCAUGGGGAUAGAAAAGUGAAAAGAAGACUUUGGUGGCAUCUCUUCUGCAGGAGAAAUAGUACCCUCCUCUGACUCUGCUGAUUCCAAAUCCUCUCCUUCCUGACCUGCAGUCACAAGAGGCAUAUUUCUCCUCAUUUGGACUGCUACAGCAGCAAUCUAACAUCUGGUAGAAAGGAAACGGAGGUAAAUGUGAGGAGAAAAUUCUAGUGGAGAUGCCAGGGUCGGGCUUGAACACACCUUCCUGUUUCUUUUCUACUACGGCACAGGAAAAUUAUUGGAAGUAUGUCAUGUACAAACAUCUGAGCUCCCACAUGACUUGGAGAAGACUGGAGGAUUCAGUAGGAUUUUUCCAUAUCUGAGCUUUAACAGAAGAAAUGAAGGUUUGUCUUGCAGGGAAGACCACAUGGGAGCUGGCCUGCAGUAGAGGGAUCUUCAACAUUGCUCACAGCUCCUCUCCAUCCAGAAAGUGCACAGCUCCAGACAUUGUGCAGCCUUUGCUUACACUGACUUGAAAGACAGAAUGGUGCCAGCGAUGAAGCAUGAGAGCACAAUUUUUAUAAAAAUCAAUAGAAUGAAAAAGCAUGACCUAACAGUCUUUGGGAGUUGAGCAUGGGAUUCAUGGCUUCUAAUUAUUUCCCCAGCUCAUUCCUACAGUAGUCCUUGACUGCUGUCUAUAUUUUAGGCACAACACGUUUUAUUUAUAUAUAUAUAUAUAUUCUGUAUUUUUUUUCCAGAUGAAUUAAAACUAUGGGCAAGAAUGCCCACAUAAGAAUUUUACACUGGUCCACCCCUAAAGCUGAUCUCGAUUAGCUUUUGUUGACACCAACCACAUGGGAAAACCUCUUGUCAUCCAAGACUUGCUGCAAAUUGGUCUGCGUGGGAUUUCACCAUCAGGCCUUCUGAAAACUUGAGCUGUAUUUGCACAACAUUUUUGAUAUCACACCUGGGUCCUAAUUGCAGGACCCAGUACCUUAGCUGAUACCUGAUUUGCUUACUUCUUGUUUUGCUGUGGAUAUUUUAAGUAAGUCCUUUUUGAAGAAAACCCAAACCAAAAAAAUGAAAAAAAGAACCAAUGCAGUUUUGGUUCUUUAUUUCUCUGUAUGCAAUGACUUCUUGUGAGCAGCAGAACUCUAAUAACAGCGUGCCUCUUCACUGUGUUAAAAGCAGAAGCCCAAUGACUACUGCUGGGGCACCAAGCUCAGCAUCUUGCUAUCCUUAUUCAGAAACGUCCAUCAAAUGCUGUUCUCAACUUGAGUCCCGGAAUCCCUAUGCUCCAUUAUCUCAAGACUGCACCCUGCUCUGGAUGUCCCUGCCUGAGGCUGCCCAAGUGGACCCAGAGGUUCUUUCCAACCUCAGCCAUUCUGUGAUUCUGUGAAGAUAUACUUCCAGUGGCUGUAACAGAUUAGAAUCCCUGACUUUUGUCUAAUAUGUUUCUGGUCCAGGUCUCAAACUCCAAUACAUCCUAGUUACAACAGGUGGUUAUUGGUUAUCAUCAUCGUUAACAAUUUUUAAUGCCAUUUCCAACCCACUUGUAAUGUAGGAGAACAGCAUCUCUCCUACAGCUUUCCUUUGAGAGACCGUAGCAGUGAACUCUUCUCAUUUCCUUGGAAAUCAGAAGAGUGUAUCUCGUCCAAACCCUUUAUCCACUACUAAUGGAAGAAACCCUGUCUCCACCAAGCCUCCUCUAUGCACACUAGGAUGCUGUUUGGACAUGGGCUCAGCAGUGGUUGUAAAACAGCAGACAGAGAAGUUUGCAGUAUUCUGUAUGCUUACUCACUGGAAGGGACAAUCUGGAUAUCAGCUAUUUCAUGAGCGUGGACUCUGGAGUUGAUAAGCACCAUAUAGAAAAAGAGAGUGCCCGUGGUUCAUGUGUUGGUGCAAACAUAGGAGAGGACAUGUCCAAGGAGAUACAAUUUGAAAAUGGUCCUCCUAUAUCUAGAAAAUAGGAGUAAAUAAGGUAUAUAUAGAAUGACAUUAACAUGUGCUAUUUCAAAACCAUUGCAAUUAGGCAAGGGAAAAUGUGUACUCUGUCUAUACUAACUAUAUUCUGGGAGACUGUAGAAGAGCAGCCCAUGAACAUCUGUGUGUACUCAGAGACAGGAUGUACUGCCUAAUGCCACCAAGGCUGUGUGCUGGGAAUAGAAACUCAGCACCCCAUGGGAAAUGAGGAAGUAGAAAGAGAAAUCUGCAGCUCGGCUGUCUGAUUCUGAUCUGUUUCUGACAUGUGGGCCUCUCUAGCAAACCUGGGAGAAAUCCUGAGGAAGCAGCAAAUAGCAAUUGUUGCCCCCAUUUCUAGGAAGAUGUGUGUAUUGCAGCGGGGCUCUGAACAUUUCUCAAGGGGGAAGAAUGAACUGACUGUUCAGCUGCUGCUUUUGAGACACGGCUUCAAGGUGAGCAAGAGCUCGUCCCUCAAAGUCCUCCCUGCGAUGCUGGUGCUGCUGCUGCAGAUCUCACUGAGCUGCCUCUGGCUGGGACGUGGUGAGGUGGUGAAAUCCUUUGAAAGUUCAUGCCCUCAGUUUUUCUUCCGGGAAACUCCCCCAAAUGAAGCCCUGGAGCCAGAGAACCCAGCCUGGAUCUGCCAGCGUUACAAUAAUCAGUAUUAUUUUGCAACCCUCUAUGACAGGAGCAGGCGUAUUCCCGUGUACUCUGCUUACCUGUACCAACCUGGACCUGGCACAAGACCUAAAACAUGGCUGGUGGAACCCCAGCUGAUGGGUCUGAGUUAUCCCAAAACAAUGGAAAAAGAAUGGACGCUCUCAAAAUAUUACAACAUCACUUCAGAGCAGCUUGGCAAGAGCCAGGCUAUCCUUCGCGAUUACAAGAACCUGACAGGUUUGAACCGCGGCCAUUUGAACCCCAGUGGACAUCACUCUGACUCCAGCAGCAGGGUGGCAACCUUCACCCUCACCAACAUAGUGCCCCAGGACGAGAAACUCAACGGUGGUGCCUGGAACAACUACGAGCAGCAAACCAUGAUGAGGAGGACGGUGGCUUGUAAAACGACCUACGUCGUGGUGGGUGCUGUGCCUGGGAACAACUAUAUUGCCAAGGGCAGAGUGAAUAAGCCCAGCCACCUCUGGUCGAGCGCUUGCUGUGAGGUGGACAACAACCACAGGGAGGCUUGGGGGGUCAUUGCUGAGAACGACAGGAAUGAGGUACAGCUCCUCACGCUGGGGGAGCUGGAGGAGGUGCUGACCCAGCUUUAUGGGAGGGAUCAGGUUUAUCUGUUUGAUAGCGACUGUCCCCGGGCAUAAGCCCUGUCUCGCAUCCUGUAUAUCCCAUCAUACCCACCAGCAUUUGUCCUGCUUCCUUCUCUAGGGGUUUUCUAGUUGUUUCUCAGAGCCUCUUCUUUGAAAAUAAAAGGAAGAAAGAGGCCAGUAUGGCCUUUGGCUCAUUCGCUUUCCUACUCUGCUGCCCACCCUUACAAUGAUCAUUCUGGGAUGAAUCCCUGAAAGCUCUGGAGGGACAGUCUGAAUACCAGUCCACGGGUAAGGAAUCAGAGUUUGUCACUAAGACUAGAGACGUGUUGCUUUUUGUUCCUCCCAUUUUCUCCAUGCCCAUAUACAGAUUGCAGUUCCUUACCCUCUUCAUUUAACAUUGCUGUUAACGUGCUGCUGACUUAUCCAUUGCCUCUUCGGGAAAGUUCCCAGGCAAGGUUGGCUCAGAUAAUACAUGGAUUAUCCAGAUUCCUCCUUGGAGAUACUCAGAAUCAAUCUGGACACUGGACUGGACAACCUGCUCUAGCUGACCUGCCUGACACAGCCAAGGACAAAAGCAAAGGGCAAACAGAGAGAGGAAAGUGGAAAGGAGGAAGGCUAGUAAGCGUGGGAGGAACAUCACAGCUCUGUUGAGCUCUGUAAAUAAGUAAAAUAAGAAGGAAGGAGAUAACCUGCAUCUAAUCUCUAAGCUCCCUAACCCUGAGUUUACAUGAAGGCCAUGCUUACGUAAAUUUACUACCACAUAUUUGUUUGCUUGGUUUUGGACCACGUACCUUGGGAGCAAGAGCUGAAGUAUCAGGCAGGCAGGCUCAGGGAUCAGAUAUACACCAGACCUUGACCAGAUGAAGAUAAAUUUCUGUGAUGCCCUAGUGGGAUAACUUCAUUCUCUGCUCUACUUCUGAACCUUUUCUGCAGAUUUACAUAUGAUUGAUUUUUUUUCCAUUGUAAAAUGUAUUCAGUGGGUAUAAAAGUUCAAUAUGUGCCAUGUAA